UUGCAGGGUACUGUACUGUCAUGCUUCUUCUGGGGUUAUGCCGUUACACAGCUCAUAGCAGGAGGAGCUGCUGAUGCCCUCGGCGGAGAAAAUAUUCUGCCGAUCUCUAGUCUUGUCUGGAUAGUGUUAACAUUUUUUACUCCACAACUUUUUGAUUUUGCUUACUGGUGUGGAUUUCCGCUAAUUGUGUUACUCUUGACAAGAAUAUUCACUGGAAUAGGGCAAGCAUUUCAUAUUCCUGCUAUGGCAUCAAUGGUUAGUCGGCAUUUGACAGCUGCAGAUAAAGGAAGAGUUUUUGGCAUCAUUCUGGCUGGUUCUCAUUGCGGGUAA